UUUAAUUUGCACCCUCCCCAAAUCUCCAUUGGCUCUCUCUCUCUCCCUCUCUCUCUCCCUCUCUCUCUCUCUCUCUCUCUCUCUCAUCCAUGAGGAUCAGGAGGAGGCCACAGCUCUCCUUGCAGCAGGCCUCAGAUCCAUCCACAUCCACCGCGCCCCAAACCCCGCAGAAUGCAGGGAGGAAUCGUGAAUGGCUUGAGGGAGGCAAGGAGGAGAGCAAGCUGCAUGCGAAUGUGGAUCUUGGACAGAAAUCUGGAGUGGCCAGGCGCUUGUCAUUGCCGCAGGACAAUGCAGUGGAUUGCGGCAAGAGCUUGGGUGCACAACAUGGAGCUGAUAAUAUGCAGAGGAGAUGCAGCGUAGUGAAUGGCCAUCACAGUUCGGACCAGAAGGACAGCGUGACAUGCACCGGUGCCGUUGGCAGUAAGUCCGAGCCGGCGGUGGCGAAGGUGGAGGAACACGUGAGCAAUGGCGUGCUGCUGCCCGUGGCGCCGGCGGUGGCCGUGAAGGACGAGGAGAAAGUGAGCAAUGGCAGCGUUGGCGGGGCCAAGAAACGGCGCGGCCCAGCGGUGCUGAUGGAAGGGUCGCGGUGCAGCCGCGUGAACGGCCGAGGGUGGCGCUGCAGCCAGCCGACGCUCGUCGGGUACUCGCUCUGCGAGCACCACCUCGGCAAGGGCCGGAUGCGGAGCGCGGCCGCCGCGGCGCGCGGCGGCGCGGCACAGCUUGGCCGCACCGAGCACAGGGUCAGGAUCCCCGCCGCGGCGCCCAAGGCCGAGGGGCCGAGCCUGCCGCGCUGCUAAGCCGAAGCGAUGGGACCGCAACGGCGGUGGGCGAUGUGGAUUCAUUUUUUGGGACCUUGCAUGUCGGCGGUGGCAUGCCAUGCGACAUGCAACUAUGCACCAAAUGUGGUUGGUGCAAUCCUGAAGGGGGAAAGCGAAGGAUUUUGGCCCUGAAAGCGCAAGAAAAUGGACUAAUCAGCAACGGGAAAGACUGGAAGUUGGGGAAUCACUUAUGCUACGAACACACCUUUUCCCCCAACACGUUCUUUUUUUCUUUCUGUGAAACUGUCUUUGCUAGC